AUGUCGUCUCCAAGCUCCCAGAAACUCUCCCGCUCUCCCGCUUCGAAAGCCAAGGCCGCCUCUCCCAGAGUAACUUCGGACGAUGUUGAGCUUAGUCCUGUUCAGAAUGGCCAGGCGGAGCGGAGCCUCCCUCUGGAAGAGGAUAUUAUGCAAUGUGCUCGCAUCGGCGCCCUCGAGCACAUCCAGAAGAUGAUACAAUCCGGCCAACACGACGCAAAGUACAAAGAUGAAGAGGGAAUUACACCAUUACACUGGGCGGCUAUCAACAACCAGUAUGCGGUGUGCAAAUACUUGAUCGAACACGGUGCAGACGUCAACGCAAAAGGAGGAGAAUCCAACGCGACCGCAGUUAUGUGGGCGUCGCAGCGGUGUCAUUUCUACGUCGUCAAUCUGCUCUUGCACAACGGUGCGGAUCCUCUCCUAACCGAUGGUCAAGGAUACAACAUUCUCCAUCUUGCGACCAUUGAUGGAAAUGCACUUCUCCUCACCCUGCUUCUGCAACAAAAUAUACCCGUGGAUAUCCCCGAUCCUCAAGGUCACACAUGUUUGAUGUGGGCCGGUUACAAAGGUUGGCCUGCCUGUGUGGAUCUUCUUCUCCGCUGGGGCGCCAAUGUCAAUGCUACAGACAAUAAUGGAUACACUCCUUUACAUUGGGCUUUGGUCAAAGGCUCCAAGCCCUGCCUGGACAAGAUCAUCGAGUAUGGAGCGGACCGAUUUGCAAAGACCAACGAAGGCAAGACACCCAACAUCUGCGCCGAAGAGAUGAACACGAAACGCGCAUACCACCGUUCUUUGGCAGGCCACGGAUACGACUCAUCGGGUAACAUUAAAACGCUUCCCCUCAAUCUUCACACCGUCUGCCGGAAUCGUUCGACAAUGUCCAAAUUCUUCUUCCUCUACCCCUUUUUCAUCAUCAUCGUCGGCCUGUACAUUAUAAGUCACCUCAACAUUUUCAUCGGCGUACCGGUCUUUUUGGUCACAUGCCUAGGCAUGCAGUACAUCGCUCAACGAAUUGCGAUGAAGGGCCCGCCAGAAUAUCAUCAAAUCCACAAAACGCCGUAUCUGGCUGGCAUCUUUGCCGGUACUCUCUUCUGGGUUGGUGCUAGCUAUCUGGUGUCCGUCUUACCACUGACUUUCUCGACCAAUCCCGUCGCCAACAUCUUCUUCAUUUUGCUCUAUUCCAGCACGACAUAUUUUUACUUUACAGCCAUGCUCGAAGAUCCCGGCUGGAUCCCCAAAUUGGCAUCACGGAAUCAACAACGCGCCGUUAUCGAGGAACUCUUUUCGCUGUGGAAGUUCGACGAAGAAAACUUCUGUGUGCAGUGCAUGAUUCGCAAACCCUUGAGAUCUAAACAUUGUCGUCGCUGCAAUCGAUGCGUGGCCAAAAUCGACCAUCAUUGCCCAUGGAUACACAAUUGCGUGGGCAACAACAACCUCCGACAUUUCUACAUCUAUAUCCUGAGUCUGGAGAUCGGCAUCAUCCUCUACGUCCGUCUCGUGCUAUCAUACCUCGCCCUCCUUCCCGUCCCAUCCGACGAUGCCAUUUCUCAAUGCCACAUCCUCAGCGCGUCCCUGUGCACCUUUGUGCUCCGCGACCCGUGGACCGUGGCUUUGGCAUUCUGGACCUGCCUCCAACUCGUCUGGGUCACGAUGCUGAUCGUCGUCCAAACCGUGCAGAUCUCCAAAAACCAAACCACCUACGAAAACAUGAGACGGCACGAGCAUGCACACGAUCACCGCCCUCUCCUACCCCAACACGCCCGACCCGUCACCCAAGGCGCUUCCGCCGCCACAGCCUCCCUUAAUGACACUGCCGCAGCCUCGACGGGCAUCAGUCCCAUGCCUCACCGCCCUGACAGUUGCCUGACGCGUUGGAAGAAACUUUUGGGCCUGGACGCAUUCCUCGCCACCGCUUCAGACGCUUCGCACGGCAAACUGCAAACACGCAACUCCAACCCGUUCAGUCGUGGAAUCGUGGGCAAUUGCAAGGACUUCUGGUGCGAUCCGGCACCGAUUUUCGGCAAGCGAAAUAACGGCGGCGGAUUCCUGGGUGGCGAAGUCAUUGAUUACGCCCAUUUAUAUGAGGUCCCGCUACGACCGAGAAGGGGUGCCGGUGGAAUUACCUAUACCAGUGUCGCGGGUGACGAUGAGGAGGUAUGA